AAGAGGGCGUGUCUUGUAGCUUUACAAAAGAAUGCGAGAUAAUGGCUGCAAUGUUUUCAGCUCUACGAGAUGACGCUAACUUGAGGGAGUUUGUGCUGGAGAAUGUGGAGCACUUUGGAGAGGAGAGAGUUCUAGGAACUGGCUCCUAUGGCUCUGUUCAAGAGGUGAAGAUCAAUGGUGAGGUGUAUGCAGCCAAGAAGAUCCACGAGGUUCUCCUGGAGACGGACGAGCGUGGUGGAGUGGCCAACAUAGCUGGGAACUACCACCGAGAGUGUCGACUCAUGGCUCGCAUCCGUCACCCAAACAUCACCCAGUUCAUUGGACUGUGCUUCGUGACUGGCUCUCGACUGCCCCUCCUGGUCAUGGAGAGGCUGGACUCAAGUCUGGACGAUCUCCUGGAGUCCACCCCCAACAUCCCCCUCUCUGUCACCCAGUACAUUCUGGUCUGUGUGGCUCGAGGGUUGCUCCACCUGCAUCGUGAGUUCGUGAUCCAUCGUGACCUCACUGCCAGGAACGUCCUGCUGACGGCAUCUCUGAGAGCCAAGAUCACAGACUUUGGUAACUCUCGUAUCGUGAAUCUGGAGCCUGGUCGACUGGCCAGGACUCUGACGAGGUUUCCUGGGACACUGGUGUACAUGCCGCCCGAGGCCCUCUCUGACAGAGGCCACAGUGUGUACGGACCCAGUCUGGACGUCUUCUCUUUCGGAGUGCUGCAAUUGUUUGCGCUCACACAAGUGUUUCCAGGAGAUCUCCUUGCCCCCACGUACAGCGACCCCAACAACCCAGACCACCUCCUGGCUCGCUCAGAGUUUGAGCGUCGAGGUCCCUACACGGCUCUCCUUAAGAGGAGUCUGGCGGGUGGACGUAAGCACCCUCUGUUUGGUCUGGUGAGGGAGUGUUUGGCCAACACCCCAGAGAGAAGACCGACCACCGCUGAGCUCCUCUCGUCUCUGGAGGAGGUGGGGAGAGAGAUGGACGGAGAACUGCUCCAGCUGGACAUUGCACGAGUGAAGACUGCCAGGACCCUCAGGGAAAAGGAGAAGAGGAUAGAGGCUCUACAGAGAGAGGUGGUCGAGAAGGACAGGAUAUUGGAGAGGAAAGAUGAGCAAAUAGUACAAAAAGAUGAGCAAUUAACUGAGAAAGAUGAACUUCUGGCACAAAAAGAUGACCAACUGGUGCAAAAAGACAACCAACUUGAACAGAAAGACGCACUUCUAGUAACAAAGGAUGUUCAAGUAGCCGACAAAGAUACUCAACUUGCUAGACAGCAAGAGAUAUUGAAUAGUGUCCGUGCCACCAAAGAUGGUAUGAUUGCUGACAAGAACAGACAACUCAGUGAACAAGAAGAGUCAAGGAUCACUGAUCUCAUUUCCCAGAGAGAGGCUGCUCUAGUUGAGAGGGACGCUCUCUCACAGGCACACAGGGAACAGAUUGAGCACAAAGAUGCUGAGCUGGUCAGGAGAGACGCCAUCAUUCAACAGCAAAGACAGAUAUUGAAUAGUGUCCGUGCUAAUGCUGCCACCAAAGAUGAUGUGAUUGCUGACAAGGACAGACAACUCAGUGAACAAGAGUCAACGAUCACUGAUCUCAUUUCCCAGAGAGAGGCUGCUCUAGUUGAGAGGGACGCUCUCUUACAGACACAUAGGGAACAGAUUGAGCACAAAGAUGCUGAGCUGGUCAGGAGAGACGCCAUCAUUCAACAGCAGAGACAAGAUCCUCCUCCCAGAGAGUUGAGAACUCCACUCACUCUGAAAUGGAGAAGAGGGAAAAACAUGCCAAUCAAGAUGGGCAGCUCGGUACAGAGUGUUGUUAUCGGUGACAUGGUGUAUGUCGGUGGAGGCAAUGCAGUCAGUGAUCGUGACGGAUGUACAGUGAUGAAGCUCGAGCAAAAUCAAUGGACCAAACUACCAGAGUACACUGCCAAAUGGUUUGCUAUGACGUCACACGCUAAUCGACUAGUGCUGGUGGGAGGACUUGACACACGAAACAACAAACGAACCAAUCAAUUUUCUAUAUUUGAGUCAGAGGAAUGGACUCAUCCGUACCCACUAAUGAACAUUGCUCGUUAUUCCUCAACAGCUGUCUCCUUCAACAACCACAUCAUUGUAGCUGGUGGGGUUGAUGGUAAAGGACAAACCUCCUCUGUGGAAGUGUUGGACGUGGCAUCAAGAAGAUGGUACAUUGCUCAGUCACUACCUAACCCACGAGCAGUACUGAAAUCAACUGUCAUAGGAAACACCCUCUACCUAAUGGGAGGGUUCGAUCACACUAGGAGGGCAACCAAGACAGUGCACCACGUCGACCUCAAUGAACUGAUUGCAAAGGCCCUUUCCAACCUGGACACACCCACUCUCUGGCAAACCUUACAGGAAGUACCACUCGAGCGUUCAGCCCCUCUCAGUAUUGGGAGGUCACUAUUAACCGUUGGUGGAGCGAACGACAAAAUCUUAACAAGUUCAUCGAUCCACCUCUACCAGCCUGACACCAGGAGGUGGGUGAAAGUGGGAGAUCUGCCUACUGCACGAUACUACUCCACAUGCUCAGCACUUCCUAAUGGAGAGGUUAUUGUAGCCGGAGGAGAGACAAACGCUGAUUACAUUCAAACUGUGAACUUCUUGUCAAUAAGUUUAAUUGUUUUGUUUUGUACAUAAUUUGUCAUGUUAACAACAACAAUAAUUAUACAUGAUGUUUUUUCAUGUUGUGAGAAAUGCUUUUCUAUCGUAUAAUCAUUUUUCCAAAAAAGUU